AUGCUGAUGCCCUCAGCCUUCUCGUGCGAUGCGUCGCAGCAGCACUACCAGUCAUAUCCUCACACUCGCCUGCAGUCGGCCCUCUUCGCCUCGCCGCCCGCCAGCCCCCCUACCCUUGCCUCCGCGCCCGCCAUUGGCAACAUCUUCAACACCUGCCGCUCGCUGCAGUCUCUCCUCACAACACCACCACCACCAGAGCGCGCGCAAUUGACGCAGCUGCCCACACCGCCCAUGGCUCACGCGCCAUCGCCUAUCAAGCUCCGUCUGCGCCCUCGCGCGCCAAGGCCCGACAACUCCUCUGCCCCCGACUCCCGCCCUCGCAAGAAGAUUGUGAAGCGCGCGCCGCCCCGGGGCGCAAACAAGCGCCGUCGCGGUGCUGAUGACGACCUUGGUCGCAUGGACCUCACCAGCGACGAUGACAGCGAUAACCAAAUUGAAGCCGACAGCGAGAGCGACGCCGACGUCCCCGCCAUGCCUGCCGCUCCCUCUACGCCGAAGCGCGCGCGCAUCGCUCCCGAGGUCAUCCCCCUCGGCCUCGCCCGUACCGACUACCACAACCUGCACGCCGCGUCAGAUACAAACCGGCCCCUCCUGAACCUGGCGCAAGGCAGCGGCGUCGAGGUGGAGCGUGAUGGCGAGCACUGGAGCACCGAGGAUGAUCGCAUUCUCGUGGAACUCGUCCUCGAGAAGCUUCGUCUCAGCAAGACAGAAUGGCAAGACUGCGCGCGCAGCCUGGGCAAGGACCGCAACAGCCUAUCGCGCAGGUGGCGGAGCCUUAUGGCCCAGGGCGAUGUCGGACUCAAGCCUACGCGCGCAAGUCGACGAGGCAAGCUCCAUGGAACGUGGUGA